UACAUACAUAAAUUAAUGGGAAAUGCAAAAGGCUAUGUACUACUGCAACUGUUACCACUCAAUCUGCGGUUUCACAGUUUCAUUUCUAUUAUAGAUUUGGUGUAGGUGGUCACGCCUCAGUUUGGUCUUGAAAUCCGUUUCCCAUACUUAAAAUCUAAUCUUUUUAACUGGAAUCUCCUAGGAGCCUCUGUUUAUGGUGGUUCUUGAAUAAGCUUUGAUCUGAACUCUUGGUUCUUUAGAGAAGAGUUUACAGGGUUUCGAGAUGGGUGAUAAACCUGAAGUUUUGGAUGCUGUAUUGAAGGAAACUGUUGAUUUGGAGAACAUUCCCAUUGAAGAAGUGUUUGAGAAUUUGAGAUGUACCAGAGAGGGUCUUUCAACUGAGGCUGCUCAAGAAAGAUUAACCAUUUUUGGGCACAACAAACUUGAGGAAAAGAAGGAGAGCAAAUUAUUAAAGUUUUUGGGGUUUAUGUGGAAUCCUCUCUCAUGGGUUAUGGAAGCUGCGGCUAUAAUGGCAAUUGCCCUUGCAAAUGGAGGAGGAAAGCCUCCGGAUUGGCAAGAUUUUGUGGGUAUUAUUACUUUGCUUGUGAUAAAUUCGACAAUUAGUUUUAUUGAGGAGAACAAUGCUGGCAACGCAGCAGCAGCUCUCAUGGCUAGUCUUGCUCCAAAAGCUAAGGUUCUUAGAGAUGGGAGGUGGAGUGAGGAAGAUGCUGCAAUUUUAGUCCCCGGUGAUGUAAUCAGUAUUAAACUUGGAGAUAUAAUUCCCGCUGAUGCUCGCUUGCUCGAGGGUGAUCCAUUGAAAAUUGAUCAGUCUGCUUUGACGGGCGAGUCCCUUCCUGUAACAAAGGGUCCAGGGGAUGGUGUUUACUCAGGUUCUACCUGCAAACAGGGAGAGAUUGAAGCUGUUGUCAUUGCUACUGGUGUUCACACAUUUUUUGGAAAGGCUGCUCAUCUUGUUGAUAGUACUAACCAAGUCGGGCACUUUCAAAAGGUUUUGACUGCAAUCGGGAACUUUUGUAUUUGCUCUAUUGCGGUGGGGAUGAUUAUAGAGAUUGUUGUGAUGUACCCCAUCCAACAUCGGGAUUAUCGCCCUGGGAUUGAUAACCUUCUUGUGCUUCUCAUUGGAGGAAUACCAAUUGCCAUGCCAACUGUUCUAUCUGUUACAAUGGCCAUUGGUGCUCAUCGUUUGGCUCAACAGGGAGCUAUUACAAAGAGAAUGACAGCUAUAGAAGAAAUGGCAGGCAUGGAUGUGCUUUGCAGCGAUAAGACUGGAACUUUGACUCUGAAUAAGCUCACUGUUGAUAAGAAUCUUAUAGAGGUUUUUGCCAAGGGUGUUGAUGCAGAUACUGUUGUUCUGAUGGCGGCCCGAGCAUCUCGAACAGAAAACCAGGAUGCAAUAGAUACUGCUAUAGUUGGGAUGCUGGCUGAUCCAAAGGAGGCACGUGCUGGCAUUCAAGAACUCCAUUUCCUUCCUUUUAACCCUACCGACAAGCGAACGGCAUUGACCUAUUUAGAUAGAGAUGGGAAAAUGCACAGGGUCAAACUAUCAAAUCUUGUGAUUUUAGGUACCAUUAUGACCAUAUCAAAGGAUAGAGUGAAACCAUCUCCUCUGCCAGACAGCUGGAAGCUUGCUGAGAUUUUCGCAACUGGAAUUAUUCUUGGUGGAUACUUGGCAAUGAUGACAGUCAUAUUUUUUUGGGUAGCGUAUAAAACAAAUUUCUUUCCGCGAGUAUUUGGAGUGUCGACUCUUGAGAAAACUGCUCAUGACGACUUCCGGAAGCUUGCUUCAGCAAUAUAUCUUCAAGUGAGUACCAUCAGUCAAGCACUGAUAUUUGUUACCAGAUCUAGAAGUUGGUCAUUUGUCGAGCGACCUGGUUUGUUGCUUGUAGCGGCAUUUGUGAUUGCUCAACUGGUUGCAACUUUGAUUGCGGUUUAUGCGAAUUGGAGCUUUGCGGCAAUUGAAGGAAUUGGUUGGGGAUGGGCUGGAGUAAUCUGGCUUUAUAAUAUCAUUUUCUAUAUCCCGCUCGACUUUAUAAAAUUUUUCACCCGUUAUGCUCUUAGUGGAAGGGCCUGGGAUCUUGUUCUGGAGCAAAGGAUUGCUUUCACCAGGAAGAAGGAUUUUGGAAAAGAACAGCGUGAGCUUAAGUGGGCACACGCACAAAGAACCCUUCACGGGCUGCAAGUGCCUGAUUCCAAAUUAUUCAACGAAACCAACAAUUUCUCCGAGCUCAAUCAGUUGGCCGAGGAAGCCAAAAGGAGAGCUGAGAUUGCACGGUUACGAGAGUUGCACACACUUAAGGGUCACGUUGAAUCAGUGGUGCGACUCAAGGGUCUCGAUAUAGACACGAUUCAGCAAUCAUACACAGUAUGAGGUGAUGAUCUAAAUUUGAUGGUUGCUGUUUAACAUGUUGUGCCGAGACUGA